AGUUCCUGAAGCAGAGUACUUCCAUCAUGGCAGGCUGUAAGUUGGUGCUAGAAGGCAGAGUUAGUGUAAACGCGUUUAUUUUAGGAGUCAGCGUGCUUGUUAUCCCGCUUAUCAGAACCUUUUUCGGACACCAUGACUGGGUCUUUGAUUACCUGACGGAAACUCCCGGGAAAGUCGUGAUUUGCGUUCAUAUCGCGGUUGUCAACGGCCUCUUGCUAACCAUAUACAGGGGACCUCUUUACAAGGUUGCUGUGAGAGCCUGCUUUCUGGGAGUUACUUUUGGCCUUGGUUUAAUGAUAAGCUGCUCCGACACCACAUGGACACACUUUGGCUGGUACAUGUGCUCCCUGUCGUUCUUCCAUUACUCUGAGUACCUGGUGACGGCCAUCAUCAACCCUCGCAGCCUGUCGCUGGACUCGUUCCUGCUCAACCACAGUGUGGAGUACACGCUGGCAGCUAUCUCAUCAUGGGUGGAGUUCACCAUAGAGAAGCUCACAGUUCCAGAGCUGAAGCAGCUGAGCUGGCUGAGCUUGGUGGGUCUGUUCAUGGUGCUGUGUGGGGAGGGUCUGCGGAAGGCGGCGAUGUUGACGGCCGGCUCCAACUUCAACCACAUCGUUCAGAAUGAGAAGGCCACGAGCCACGUGCUGGUCACCAGCGGGGUCUACUCCUACUUCAGACACCCGUCCUAUGUGGGCUGGUUCUACUGGAGCACAGGGACCCAGGUCAUGCUGUGUAACCCCGUGUGCAUACUGGGAUACACGAUAGCCAGCUGGAGGUUUUUCCGGGAGCGUAUCGAGGAGGAGGAGCUCUCCCUCAUCCACUUCUUCGCCGAGGACUAUGUGCAGUACAAGAAGAAGGUUCCCACUGGCCUGCCCUUCAUCUCAGGGAUCCGUGUUAACUAGUCCCGAGCCGGAUUAUGGACUGAGCAGACUUUAAGCACUGAAGCAGAUCAGACCUGGUGGGUGUGUGUAGCGUCCGUCAUGGCGGCUAGCUGCCCUCCAGCGGAGACUCGAGCAGCUGGCUGAGAGCCUCACAGCUCACAGACAGAGACAGUGACGGCUGGGACGGCAGCACGCAGCUGGCCUGCUGAUUUUCUACCAACUUCCAAAAUCCAGUUAACGACCAGAGAACCUCCACUGUACUCAUUUACUCCAAUAAUAUCCACGUCAUGUGUUUUGUUGUGUUUCUGUUUGCAUGCUGUGACCAUGCCGAGUGUUUUCACAGAUGACCUGUUCAGAUCAACGCUGCACUGGACCCACUCGCACCAGUGAGAAGUUAAAAAACGUAUUCUUUAGACGGACAAGUUCAAAGGUUUUUCACAGUAUUGUUAUUGGUUAUGUUUUCAAGAGGUUGUCACAACUUUCCCUACACUUAAAACCUUAAAAAUCAUUAAUGGAGUAUUUCACUAAAGGACAGUCAUCCCCCGUAGGGUCGUCAGGAUAUCAGAUUUUAAACUUUGAUUCAAUACCAGUAAAAAAAAAAUCAAACGAUAUCAAUACCUGUCUCGAUGCUGCAGGAACCCCCUAAUGGCUAAUUUAUUGUUUUUUAAUUACCAGAAUUUGCAGCACAUUACAUUGUCGAUGUAUUUGUGUAAUUUAGACAGUGCUCUCUCUUUGGGUUCACAAUGCGACUGAAGAUCUGUAGUUGUUUUUUGAUCGUUAAAAAAAACGGAGAUUGUUGUGUUUUUCCAACACAUGGUCAAACAUUGUGACGCGAUUGUCCCCUGUAGCUGAGGUCUCCGUUGUGUGAUGCAAAUUCAAAGCACCUCAGCUGUGAACUUUGACCCCUCCAUUAGAACCCAAAAUGAUUGGCUUCUCAGUGUAGUGUUGUCGUUCUCGAGAUCAGUCUCGGUCUGUUAUUACAGCGUCUCCUUCUUCAGUUGAGAAGCUCGGUAACACAGGACUAUACAUUUAUCACAGUAUAACUUAAACAUGAAGAUCUUACCUGUUGACUGCAAAGCCAUCUACAACGGCGGUGAGUCGACGGAUGAAUCAUGUCAGAUUAUCGUGAUCGCCUACUGUUCAUGCCACACCGCUGCAUCCUCAAAGAUCCAAAGCACUAUCGAUGUCGUGUACUGAAGGUUAAAGCAGCACUCAGAUAUUCUCUGUCAGAAAUAUUUAGACCACUGAACCAAACAUUACAUUGUUCGCUUAGCCGCUCCUUUAUGACGACGGGGGAGAAAAGAAGAAGCUUUUUUUCUGUUUACGAUUUUAUCCUCCGAACGAUUAUUUCACUGUAAAUGUUUUUAGUUGUGUGAAGGAUGUUUACGUUUCUAUCAGGUCAGUUAGAGAUGAAGCUGCAGCUUCUCCAGUCGACUGAAUACAUAAAAAGGUUUUUUUUUUAAUAUAAUUGAAGAGAUUAAACGUUGAAAAAGGACCAGUUGGCUUGAGCUGAUGUCCCUGACUGUGAUGUAACCUCCUUUUAUUUAAUUUAUUCUUCAUUGGAUGUUUUUUUUUUUGUGUUUGUGAUGAACAGUCCUUUCGUUUCUUUCGGCGUCAGUUUGUCGUUAUCUGCUGUUGAUCUGUCGGCUCACUUUGUGUUAGGAACCGACCAAACCACUGAGUUGUGUGGAGAUGAAGUGGUCGAGUGAGGCUGACUCUCUCUCUCUCUCUUAUAUCUGAGUAGCGUUACAGUGCUGCUCUUCACUCUCUGAACACAGAUUGUAUUGUGUGUGUGUGUGAGAGAGAAAAAGAGAGCGGGUCAGCAAAGAGUUCAUGACCACUGUUGGUGCUGUGUUUGGUGAAGCGUACAUGUUUGAACUGUAGACUGUCUGUGUAUCAGAAGUGGACGUGCCGACGUGAGGACUACGAUGUUAAAGCCCUCACUUUGGCUGUUUAGCAUUCAUGUUGUUUUUGAAGCCAGAUUUUGGAUGGGGGGGGAGCUGGAAGGGCUCGAGAGGUUUGAGUACGCCAAAUGGUUAGGGCUAGUUAGGUAAGAUGUAUUUGUAAUUCACUAACAAAGAUUUGACUCCUGAAGCUGAACAACUUGGUCCUUAAAUUUACUCUGAAUCGUACCUUAAGCUACAAAUGAACAUCUCGCUAUGUUAAAAGAGCAAUAUGUAACUGACCUCUAGUGUUUAAAAUGGGUACUGCAGUCUAAAUUCUAAACAUCAUAGAGAGCUGUCUCUCCCCCCCCCCCCCCCCCCCCCCCCCCCUCCUCCUCCUCUCUAGAGUCCAUGCUCACUCAGGUCACCAUGUGGUGGACACUGAAGCUUCAGUGUUUAUCCAGCUCUGCAUGGGUCUGUAAGCCUUUCUGUGUUCUAACCUCUCUCCAUUUUUCAAAAGCAUCUCCAAUAUUGAUCCUAGUUUGAGCACGUUUCUGCUCGUGGAGCUUAUUAGAAACAUGCAGACUUCAAUACAAUAAGUGAAUUCGCCCCCUGCUGGACGCUACAGAGAAGGCAUAUUUAAGGCACUACCGCAUUGGCGUCACUAACACCACUUCUUGUAGACAGUUUAUAGUUUUAACAGUUAAAACUUUACAUGUCCUUUAAUUUGAGAAUGUUUAGGAGUACAUCAAGAUCUGGAAGAUUGUCCCAUUGGUCGACUUAUCUAUUAAAAAUGUCAGAAAUCUUAUUGUCCUGCUGUAGAAUUGAAUUAUGUGCAGUAUGUAAUGGGUCUGCUGAUACUUGUGUUGGAGGAACGCAGAGCUGAGGAGUUGUUUUAGCUUUCCUGAAACCAAAAGUGUGAACUGUACAUUUUUCACCCAUAAAAUGAAUCAGGAUUGAAUCUGACUUCAAAGAAUGGAAGACCUCUGCGUAAAAAUAAACAGACCAAAACAUGUUUUCAAAAUCCUGCUACUCUUACUCUGCAUCACCAAUUUAUCAGAGAAAAAAAAUCCAUGUUUCAGUCCUUGUGAACACUUGAGCAAGAGUAGUGUGCAGGAUCCUUUCUUUUAUGUCCUACACAAGGACUUUGAUCUAUGGUACAAUCUACCAAAUCCAGUGUUCCUGAAAUGCAGUUUAGGAUUGAAUGUGUGUCUUUUCAGGUGUUUGCAGUUCAAAGUGACGCACUUGUAGCAUAAUGUAAGAAGUGCACCGUGUAAGGUUAGACAAUGAAAACACUGAAGGGUUUUAGGAUGACCAUCUGCUGCAUGGCACGCCUCAGUCCAGUUUUAGAUUUGUUGCACUUUUUACUGUAUAGAAGAACCAUUUAUCACAGGUCAGAGGGAGAGAACUGUUCAGAGUUUCUCAACAUCACAUGUAUGAAAUAAAAUCAAAGCAAUUAUUA